AUGUAUUCUAUGAAGAUCCUAGUUGGCGUUUUCGUCUGUCUUAUGGUGAUGGCUUCUGUGAUGCAACCAGCCGAGGCAGGUACGGACUGCUUCCACCUUCAACAUUCUUACGGCAAGAAGAAAACUUGCAUCAGAAACUGCAACAGGUUUUGCGAACUAAACGGCUGCAGCAAGAAGAAGUGCCGCAGAGGUGAGUGCGUGUGCAAGAGAAAGUAG